GGGUGAAGUGAUAUUUACAAUCCGAAUGAGUGACGGCUAAUGCUAAGUAUCCAGAGCUAAAGCUGUUCUUACAUCGUAUAUUAAAACCACUUUGUUCACCACAAAUGGCAUCUCAGAUCCCCAUAACCGUCAGGGCCCCGCCGACAGCCGCCACCUCUGCCGCUCUCCGGGGGAAGAAACGUCCCGCAAGUCCGGCGGUGUCUGCCGCGCAGCAGGUCACCGGGACCGGGAGCUGCAGCAUCAAGAAGAAGAAAGGGCUGCUGACAGUGACACCAGCAACACAGAUAACAGCCGUGGAGUCAGUGGCUGAGGUGAAGCCAAUGGGAACAGCUGACUGCGGUCCAGCCGCCAUCACAGAGCCCACAGCAAAGCCUCCGCCAUUCAAAGACCCCACGUUUAUGCACUCGGGGAUCGGUGGAGCAGCAGCAGGUAAAAAGAACAGGACCUGGAAGAAUCUCAAACAGAUUCUGGCCCUGGAGCGGACUCUACCCUGGAAGCUUAAUGAUCCCAGCUACUACAACAUUGAGGCCCCUCCUUCUCUAAAGCCAACCAAGAAAUAUUCUGACAUCUCUGGACUCCCUGCAAACUACACAGACCCUCAGACAAAGCUACGCUUCACGUCCAGCGAGGAGUUCUCCUACAUCCGUCUCCUCCCCACUGAUGUUGUUACCGGCUACCUGGCGCUCCGGAAGGCAACUUGCAUUGUACCCUGACGGCCGAGCGAGGCUUGAACCCUGAAACAGGUUCAAACCAGAACUGAACCUCUGUCAGUGUAGGAAGCCGUUGGAGAGGACAGGCUGCGAUUAAUGAGGACGCAAAGUGAAGACCGCUGAACUCACAGACUGGCCACCGCUAAACAUCCGCACAACUGAUUUCAAAGAAGGCAACCUGAGUCAUAAUUGUUACUGCGUAGGGCUGGGUGUUGUUUAAAAUAUUACGAUUCUAGUACCAAUACCAGUGCCCUUAAAGGGGUACAGAUACCAGUAGAGUACUUAAUUCGAUAACCAUAAUAUGAAUACGGUGGCGUGUAGUGUAGCGAUACUUUCAAAUGUUUUGGUGGCAUCUCGGUAUGCUGAACUGCCAACCCCAUCAAAUACACCGUGCUCAACUUCAUCACACCACAGACUCUAUGUGUUGUAACGUGAGCUGCUGUCAUGGGACUGUAAGCUCCACGCCGGGGACAGUUGUGAGAGUCCGCCCAGAUGCACAUACACAGUGAUGGGGCUAACUGUUAGCAUCAUACAGCUAACAUUAACUAACACUUAUUAAUGGUUAACAACAGCGUCAAGCCAUUUCAGUGUCUGUGUAAGUUUGUUGGGACAGUUUUACAGCUUGCUGUUGGAUGUUGGACACUGCUGCUGUGCUAGGUCAUGCUAACUGGGCAGAUGUUGAACAGGAAGAAGAAGAGCGGCUCCGGAGACGGCAGCAACAGAAAGUUUGCUAAUUUCUGGAGGGGAGUCGGGAUGGUACGGAAUCAGACUCCCGACGCAAAGAGGAUCAAGUGCAGCUAUGGGGUCUACAUGGGAGUCUACAAACUAAUGAGUGAUGUCUCAUUAGUUUGUAGACUCCCAUUUCGACGCCUUGAGUUCGGCAAUUCGGUCAUCGCCAUCUUGGUUUUUUGAAGCCAGAUGUGACCAUAUUUGGGCAAGAGGCUGGAGCUGUGGAGGAGCGAUGGGUGGAUCUGACUGAGAGCCGAGGACACUACUGGCAGACAGCCUGCCUGUCCUGCAGUUUUUGUUUGGCACUUGUGUGUUGGCUUCAUUUUUCAGUCCCUAAAGUUGCUGCUUGGUCUGUACUUUAAAGGUAUUCAUUACUGACACCCAGCCUUGUUACUGUGCGAUAAAAUAAAUGCAACAAAUGUGAAAUUUCUGUGUUUUUUUCCUCAUUAAAUAAAAUCAGUGAUUUCUU